CAGGGGGCGCUGCGGCCCGGUGCGGCGCGUGUGCGGCGGGAGCCCCCGGGCCGCCUCUUCCCCUCGCGGCCCGGCGCAGCGGGCGGGGGGCGGGCGCUGCCGCCGCCGCUGCCGGAGCCCCACAGCCCCGCCGAGCCCCGCAGCCCGCCGCCGCCGCAGCGCCUCGCCCCGGAUCGCGGCCGGCAGCAGGCGGGAGGCGGCGGCGGCUGGCAAAGCCCCGCGGGCCGCUCAGCCGGUUACCUGCGCGGCAGGGCCUGAGCGCCGAGCCCGGCUCCGACAUGUCCGGCAAGAUCGAGAAAGCAGAUUCUGAGCGUUCCCAUCUCUCCUCGUUCACUAUGAAGUUGAAGGGCAAGUUUCAUUCACCAAAAAUAAAGAGAACACCUUCAAAGAAAGGAAAGCAAGUUGACCUGACAGUGAAAACACCAGAGAAGUCAGUGAACAAAAAUGUAUCAUGGCUAGAGGAAAAGGAGAAGGAGGUCGUCAGUGCAUUGCGCUACUUUAAGACUAUUGUGGACAAAAUGGCGAUUGAUAACAAGGUGUUAGAGAUGCUGCCAGGCUCAGCGAGUAAAGUGCUAGAAGCCAUCCUGCCCUUGGUGCAAACUGAUCCACGCAUCCAGCAAAGCUCUGCCAUCUCGUCCUGCUAUAGCCGUGUGUACCAGAGUCUGGCCAAUCUAAUCCGCUGGUCUGAUCAAGUGAUGCUGGAAGGCGUGAAUUCAGAAGACAAGGAGAUGGUGACAACAGUGAAGGGUGUCAUAAAAGCAGUUCUGGAUGGAGUCAAGGAGCUGGUCAGACUCACGAUUGAAAAGCAGGAGCAUCCCUCUCCCACAAGCCCAGUUAAACCCAGUUUACCAGCAUGUAAAUCUGACAGCCCAUCAGAACUUCCCCUUACAGACCGAGAAAUGGAGAUCCUCAACAAAACAACAAAUAUGACUCAAUCCAAUGAGCUACUGACUGACUCCAUGGAUGAAGAAGUUGCACCUCCCAAACCCCCUCUGCCUAGCAUUCGUGUGGCAGAAAACAGCCCUCCACCAGCAUUACCUCCUAAAAAGCGGCAGUCGGCACCUUCCCCAACCAGAGUGGCAGUUGUGGCCCCCAUGAGCCGAGCCACCAGUGGGUCCAGUUUACCUGUUGGAAUCAACAGACAGGAUUUUGAUGUGGACUGCUACGCCCAGAGAAGGUUGUCGGGUGGAAGCCACUCCUAUGGGGGGGAAUCUCCUCGCCUCUCACCAUGCAGUAGCAUCGGCAAACUCAGCAAGUCCGACGAGCAACUCUCUUCUCUGGACCGCGACAGUGGUCAGUGCUCCCGCAACACAAGCUGUGAAACGUUAGAUCAAUCAGAUCACUAUGAUCCGGACUAUGAAUUCCUGCAGCAAGACCUCUCCAAUGCUGAUCAGAUACCUCAGCAGGUGCCAGGUAUCCUCAGCCCGUUGCCAGAGUCUUUGGGUGAGUCUGGCUCCCCUUUCCAUGGACAUGCUUUCCAGCUCCCGCAGGGCAGCUCUCCUCCACUGGAAUUCUGCAACCUCUCAGGAGCAGCACAGCCAACAGAGACUCCUCCAGCUUUACCAGAAAAGAAGAGGAGGAGUGCAGCCUCUCAGACUUCAGAAAACUCAGGCUGCAGGGUGUCCUAUGAGAGGCACCCUUCCCAAUAUGAUAACAUCUCGGAGGAUGACAUGCAGAAUGCAGUGUCUGUCCCGUCAAUACCCUUCACGCCGUUUGCUGCUGUUUUGCCUUUCCAGCAAGGAAACUCUUCAGCACCGGUUGAAUUCAUUGCUGAUUUUGCUGCUCCAGAUUCUAACAGUGACCCUGAGAAGCCACCUCCUCUGCCAGAGAAGAAAAACAAACACAUGAUGGCAUACAUGCAGUUUGUGGAAGACUACUCCGAGCCCCAGCCGUCCAUGUUCUACCAGACCCCUCAGAACGAGCACAUCUACCAGCAGAAGAACAAGCACCUCAUGGAAGUCUAUGGGUUCAGUGACUCUUUUAUCAGCUUAGACCCCUCUCAAGAUCUGGCACCUCCUCCUGCUCUCCCACCCAAACAGAGGCAGCUGCAGGCCUCCUAUGCUGCCUCUUCUCUCUCUUCUGUCUCCUACUGUGUCCAGCAAACUAAAGUGCCCUUCACCCCCGAGGACACCGGUGCCACUCAGGGCCUCACUAUGUCAGUCUCUAACUCCUUUCUCAACCGGCACAGCUCCUUUCCUGUGCAUUCGUACAAAUCUGUGUUUAGGUCCUACUCCCAGGACUUUGUGCCUCACAACCAAGUCUCCAUACCUCCUUUCCUCUCUUCUACCUCCUCCUCCUGCUCCACCCCACCUUUUCCACCCAUCCAUCCAUCUCAGAGCUCUGACCUAGCGGUGCCCGCCGCAGCCAGCCAGUCUCCCAGCACUGUGGAUGUGCCAAACUCCUCUUCUCAGGAGAGCAGCUUUAACGGGAAUGCUCCUGUCUGCCUUCCUUCUGAAACCUCUUUCACUGAUUCUCUCCAGACGCCUUCGAGUGAAAACGCCAGUGAGGAGGCUGGUGAGGGUGAAUACGUCAAUCUGUAUUCCUCUGGCCAGAGCAACGGGGAACUCCCUUGCUCUGAAGGAGAAUCUCCCUCUGUCAAAGACAGCCACUCCAAAGACUCCCCUUUGAACAGCAGUGCCAUGGGGAAGGAAGGCAAAGAUGGUGCUGAAAGGCAGCAGCAGUCACCAGAUGCUUUGGAAUCAUCACAGUUGGAGGAAGAGGUAGAUGAGCUAUCCCUUAUCGACCACAGUGAAAUUAUGGCUAGGUUAACGUUGAAGCAAGAGGGAGAUGAUGGGCCAGAUGUUCGUGGUGGGUCUGGAGACAUUUUGUUGGUGCAUGCAACAGAGACCGACAGGAAAGAUCUGGUGCUGUACUGUGAAGCUUUUCUGACUACAUACAGGACGUUUAUUACCCCUGAAGAGCUCAUCAAGAAGCUGCAGUACAGAUAUGAGAAGUUUUGCCACUUCCCAGACACGUUUAAGAAGCGAGUCAGUAAGAACACCUUCUUCGUGCUGGUGCGAGUGGUGGAUGAGCUGUGCUUAGUGGAGUUGACAGAAGAAAUCCUCAAGCUGCUGAUGGAUCUGGUCUUCAGGUUGGUGUGCAAUGGGGAGCUGAGCCUUGCCAGAGUGCUACGCAAAAACAUCCUAGAUAAAGUGGAUCAGAAGAAGAUGCUGAGCUACACCAAUUCCAUCAAACCUCUUGCAGCCCGUGGGGUGGCAGCCAGGCCUGGGACCCUGCAUGAUUUCCACAGUCAUGAAAUUGCUGAGCAGCUGACCCUCCUAGAUGCUGAACUCUUCUAUAAAAUCGAGAUCCCAGAAGUUUUGCUUUGGGCAAAGGAGCAAAAUGAAGAGAAGAGCCCCAACCUCACACAGUUCACAGAGCACUUUAAUAACAUGUCCUACUGGGUCCGAUCAAUAAUUAUGCUACAAGAGAAAGCCCAAGACCGAGAGAGGCUGCUCCUUAAAUUUAUAAAGAUUAUGAAGCACUUACGAAAGCUGAAUAAUUUUAAUUCCUAUCUGGCCAUUCUUUCUGCACUGGAUUCUGCACCUAUCCGAAGGCUGGAGUGGCAGAAGCAAACCUCAGAGGGCCUGGCUGAGUACUGCACACUGAUAGACAGCUCCUCGUCCUUCCGCGCCUACCGAGCAGCUCUGGCUGAUGUGGAGCCUCCCUGCAUACCUUAUCUAGGCCUGAUUCUGCAAGACCUGACCUUUGUUCAUCUGGGAAACCCUGAUUACAUUGACAGCAAAGUGAACUUUUCCAAGCGCUGGCAGCAGUUUAACAUCCUGGACAGCAUGAGGUGCUUCCAACAAGUCCAUUACGACAUCAAAAGAAACGACGACAUCGUGUCAUUCUUCAACGACUUCAGCGACCACUUGGCUGAGGAGGCCUUGUGGGAACUGUCCCUCAAAAUCAAACCUCGGAACAUCACGAGGCGGAAAACAGACCGGGAAGAGAAAACCUAGGAGGAGGGGUUGUGCGAGCGAGGAGAAUUGCUCCGCAGGCGCACCGAGGGCAGCUACGAGACUGGAGUUCAAUGUUUGUACCUGUUACUGGAUGAUGCACCCUCCCUCCCCGCUGGGGGGGUGAACGUCGGGCGCUCGCAGCAGGCAAGAGGUGACCGGGGCGCGUCGUGGGCCGCGCAGGGCAGAGAUCAGCCGGUGCUCGCUGCACUCACCCUCCUCCUCCUCCUCCCGUCCCUCUGUGCCAUGAAUCAGCUUUAAACCCGGGGAGAGAGCUUUGUGGAAGGAGGGUCCCAUGCAGGUGUGUUGCUGGUUUGUUGGUUGAUUGCGUCCGGGAAUACCCAGGCUUUUGUUUUCAUCCACAAAGGAGGGUUGGCAAGAGCUCAGCACCCACAGGCUUGGCUCCGGAGUGGUGGUCAGCAGUGGUGGAAGCUGAGGGUUUGAGUCUCCCCUGCAACGCCACCACCUCGAAACAUGUUCAUCCAUAGGAGAUGAGGAUGGAAGAGGCUCCCACUGCCUGCCAGAGGAGCUCUGCUUUCAGAGAGCUGCUUGUGUUUACAGGGGUCUUCGGUUUACCCCAGAUCUCUGGCGCCUUCUUCAUGGGAGGAAGGCACCGGUCGUAGAUAGGGAAGAGGCACUGAAAAUGGGCCAUCUCCAGCCAUCGUGUCCCCCUCCUCCUCUCAGAUCUUGUUAUUUAAGCAACGGUGACCCCUCUGAACCCUGGAAACACGGACUACCCGAGGUACUGCGGUUCACUCGUCCCGUGGACCCGUAUCUUCUAGUGAUGGUACUAGCUUUUGCACAGUAAAUGCUGUAGAAUACGAGACUGUAAAUAUUAGUGUUUAGAAUCCUUUGGGGAUUUUUCUUUUUGAUGCAUGUCUGAAUACCGACGAGUUUAUAGGAAACAGAAGUGCAAACCAGUGUGUAUAAAACUCACCACCAGUGACAACGUUGUUCCAAGUGCUGGAAGAAAGGAGGCUCAGGGCGGGUGCAGGAGCCGGGCGAAGGAGCCAGCGGGAUCGUUCUGGGUUGGGAAUGGAAGUGGGAAGGAGCCCUGUGCCCGGCCGAGCCGCCCCGUCCCCUCCACCCCGCUCCUCUCCUCUCACUGUUGCCAAACGUGUGUCUGACCCUUGGUGCUCUGCUUUGUUCUCAGCGCUUUGGCAGGAGCCCCAGCAGGUCCCCAUCGCCCCCUGCCCAGCAUGGAAGAGCAAAGGGGGGGCGGUCUCAUUUCCCACACAUGCAGCGUUAACCCCAAUCUGUUUGGUGUGCCUUAUUCAGCCCCUCUGUCCCCUCUCUGUGUCCCCCCCAGGGCAUCCUCCCCAGCCAGGCUGUUUCACACCCCUCCUCUCUGUCCUCACCCCGUGGUUUACAGCAUGAUGGUGGGUUUCAGCAUAGGUUUUAGAGCCUUGUGAAGCCUUUCUCAGCACCGUGUCUCCUGGUCACAGGUUUUUACAGAUUUGGUCUUAAAAUCCUGUGGCUUCAGGUUCAGCAGCUCCUGAGGAGCUCGGGUGGGGUGUUUCACAGAGCAUCAGAUGGGGUGUUUCUCAGAGCAUCCUUAACUUCUUUCUUAACAGCAGCCCCGUGUUUGCUAAAGUCUCUUGUUUAUUUUGGGUGAAUCAGAGUUGCAAGCACUUCCUUCUACAGAUUGCAAGGUCUUAGCUGGGCAGCAGCUCUGCCUCACGGGCAGCAGGAGGGACUGACAGCAGCAUUGCCCUGUCCAUGGGAUUGCACCCAGCUCCAUUAUUUUCCAGCAGCCAAAUGCCAAGGCACAGGGAGAGACCCCCCCUUUGCCUGUGAGGGCAUCUCCGGGGUAAGGAGAGUGUAGGGUCCAGCCCCAGAGCGGGAGGAGCGGGGAUGUUCCUGCGCUGAAACGUGACAUCUGAGCCAGAACACAUCAAAAUGGUUCAUUUUCAUGGCACUAAGGGCACUGGAGCCACGUGUUGCAUCCAGCCCAGGCUUUGCAAUCCCCAGAGGCUUCCCAGCCUUCCACACAGGAAGCGAUGCUGGUGCUUUCCUUUGUAAAUAAGGUUUUGAAACAAGCCCGACACGGCCGUGACAAGGCAAAUAGAGCCCGUGUCUGGCGCGGGCUGCCCCGGCCGGCACCGAGCACCUCCCCGGGCCCCCGGGCUGCGACAGGGGCUGUUCAUAGCGUUGUGCUGUGUGGUGGCAGCACUAAAGCCACAGCCCAUCGCUCUCACACCACCAAAGGGGGGGUCCCACUCCCUGCCCUCCACCAGCUCAGCACCAGCGUGGGGCUGGGGCUCUGUGUGGCCACAGCACCAUGGGGCUGAGCGCCACCCCCCCCCCCGGCUUUCCAUCCCCCUUCUCCCCUUUGCCAUUGUCCCCCCAGCCUCAGGCUCACAGGGACCCCAAGGAAGGGUCUCCUCACCCAGAGCCCCUCUCUCCAGGAGCAGCACCCGGGAAGUGCAGAGCAGAGCCCUUUGCUGGCCAUGAGCAUGUUCAUCUCUUGCAGGCAGCAUCCUCACAGCCAUCACCUCUCUUUUGGGAGGGGAGGAAAGGGGUGUCCAUCCCCUCCCCGCACUGGGCAGGGAGCAGGGGGGAGCGAUGCCCCCCUCACCAGCCCCCUGCCCUGCUCCCAGCCCAUCAGUUGUAUUAUAUAUUUACCACUAACCCACGAUGGUGGCAUCUUCCUGCAGACAUUUCAGACCUGUAACUUUUAUAUUAAAGACAAAUAAACACCGAUAACAAACCCGCCUGAUGAUCCUGUUUACAGUGCAUGCAGCAGUCUGUGGAUUAAAGUGACAAUCGAAUCCA